AUUCUCCCCGCGCCCCUCCCGCCCUUCUCCUCCGCAUCCCAUAGUGCUACACUGGCAGCCCUCGCCUUCCCCCUCCCAGGCCCCCAGGAGCACAGCCCCCACUCUCUCAUCCCCUCAUCCACAACCCGAUCAACCCCCCUCUCCUCUCCCCCUGUCCCCCACUCCCUCAGUCGAGCCACCUACGCAUGCCCACAUCCGCCCCCUGCCAACACUCGCCCCUUUCUCACACUCCCUUCCCCCUCACCAACCCCCUCCCACGUCUCAGGUUGCCGCACUGGCAUCCCUCCCACCCACCCACGCAGGCCCCCGGAAGCGCAGCCUCAGCGCCCUCAUUCUCCCCGCUGCUGUCCCUGACCACGCACACCAAUGGGCCGGGCCAUUAAGUGAGAGCCUCUCUGCUGUGACCAACGGGCCUUGUCCCUUACUCCUUUCUUCCCCACUCCCCUGUCCCCCACAGCCUUCUCCCCCCACACGCUCCCCUCCUCUCCUCUCCUUCCACUCCCGCCCACACCUUUCAGGUUGCUGCACUGGCAGCCCUCGCCACCCCCCCCAGCCCCCCGGCAGCACAGCCCCGCCACCCUCAUCGUCGUCGCUGCUGUCCCUGGCGACCUACACGGACGUGGCCAAGGCCAUUGAGAGCCUGCCCGCCGUCAGGAAGGGGCGCUGGCAGUGCACGUGCUCGCUGUAUCGCCCCAACACACGCGACACGGCAGGGGCGCCGCCACCCCAGUCUGACGUGGCGGCAGCGCGGGAGCUGUUCGGCGUGUCGUUUGCUGACGUGGCGGGGCGGCACUUCCUGGUGCUGCGGCAGGAGCGCGUGGUGGUGGAGGCGGAGAGCAGCGUGCAGACGCUCAUGGAGACCCUUCAGCUCUACCGCCACCGCCUAUCUAUAGUCUAUGAGGGCUUCGAGUAUCUGAUAGGGGACUUCGCCAUGCGCCUGGGCCGCGCCAUUCUCUCCACCAAUGAGGCGUUGCGAGGCAUCGUGGUGGAGAUUGAAUACCUGCCAACCUCGUCCCUCCCCAACGCGCGCCCCCUCCUCCUCGACUUCCUGGCCAUGUGGCACGACCUGGUGGCAGCGCAGGGCCUCGUGGGGCGCUUUGUGCCGCUCGACCCGGCCUUCUCCGACUACUCGCUGGGCGACUCCUUCUCGCUGCCGCACAGCGCACUGCAGUUCGUGCUCGUGUCCGCGCACCUCAUGGCCGCACGGGCAUAG